AUUGAUAAUUUUGUGGUCCUCGCAUUAAAAUCCGGAGCGCGCGCUAAGGCAAGCGCCUGAUUAUUAAACAAGCGAACAAUAAACCUCAAAAGCUAAAUACUGUACAGUAACAACUGUGAUUCUUAGGUUGGGACUCAACUUCUCUCUACGUGCAAUCAUCUCUGGUAACUUUUGGACUUCGACCAAGCCACUACUCUUCUGAAUAUCUGGGUUUACCUUCUCCACGCUCUACUUUGUGAUCUGCUCUUUGCGACCGUAAUCGACCUUUCGAGGCUAGCACAAUACCUCAUACACAACUACGCGCCUUUUUGUCGCGUCGUUUUGUCGUUGAAUCCGAAGGCAGCUCACACAGUCUCUAGUCAUUUAAUAUGCGAUAUAGAACUCUUGAGAUUCGUUGGCACGAAUCUAAACCUAUCGCGUCGUGUGAUUUUCAGCCAGUUCCGUCCUUUAAAAAGGCGCGUCCGCCGGCUCCAGGAUCUUCCGACAUAUCUAUUCAGGAAUGGACUGAAAGGUGGACAGGGCAAUCGUACAAAUUGGCAACUGGCGGCGAGGAUAAUCAUGUCAGGAUUUGGAUGGUUUAUCCUAACAUACGCCCUGCCACAACCUCCGAAUCCUCAAGUUCGACAUCCCAGACUGCACCCAGGCCCCCUCGUGUUGAGUAUCUCGCAACCCUGAGUAGACAUUCUGCUGCUGUAAAUGUCGUAAGGUGGAGUCCAAACGGAGAAUUGAUUGCAUCUGCUGGCGACGACGGGAUGAUCAUAAUUUGGGCACAAUCAUCUACACCUCAAGCCGCCACUUACGGCAGCGACCUUACUCCGGAAGAGUUGCUUAAUGAGAAGGAAUUUUGGAAAGUUAGAGUGAUGGUCAGGUGCACGACCAUGCAAGUUUAUGACCUCGCAUGGAGUCCCACCGGAGAGUAUAUAAUUGCUGGAAGCACUGAUAACGCAGCUCGCGUUUUUCAAGCUAUAGAUGGCAAAUGCAUACACGAAAUAGCUGAUCACACACAUUUUGUCCAAGGCGUUUCAUGGGACCCUUUGAACGAGUUCAUUGCCACUCAGUCAAGCGACCGAGCCAUGCACGUCCACAGGGUUAUUCACAACAACCAGGCUGGUGGGCUCGAAGUGCAUGCGGUUGGGAAGAAUAGUCAUAUGAACAUGCACACGGGCUCGCAUGUACGUCAAGGGCGAAGUCAUUCGCGCAGGAAACACGGCCGAACUCAAAGCAACGUGAGCAACACCAGCCACGCUGAAAGUGGCCGAGAAAGUAGUCGUCCCAGAAUCUCCAGAAGAGAGAGUGCCACUAGCGAUGCGGAAAGCGUUUUUGAAGAAUCUAUCUUAUUUUCUACCUCGUCCUCCGCGAUUGCAGAGGGUAACAAGGAUUCAAAAGAGUUCAAAGACCCGACACCACUCUCAUUAAAUCUACCCCUGACGCCAUCGACGAGCGUUGCAAGUACGCCCGUUCGAGCAUCCUCUGUAGCCCUAUCUUCUGCAACUCCUGCUCUUCCUCCAAUCUCCACUAGUACUUUCUCUUCUAACAUGUUCCCGCCUCCAGCUACUCCUAUAGAAAAAGAAAAGCAAACCUCUUCUAGGCGGUCAUCCUUUAGUGGGGCCUCUACCGCUGGUGGAGGCCCGGCAUCUCCUGCUUUUUCCGUAACCUCCCGCUUCGGAAGAUCACCCAGUCCCAUGCCUGCCCUACCUGCAAUUCGGACUGCCCUACCAAACUACUCUCACAGGAGCUCUAGUCCCUGGAGGAGCACUGAGCAAUGGAAAAACAUCGGUCUUUAUGGCGACGAAAGCUUUACUAAUUUCUUCCGCAGGCUGUCUUUCAGCCCAGACGGAGCUCUACUAGUAACACCUGCAGGCCAAUUCGAGGACCCAGAAGUGGUAAUUCUGCCCACACCCUCUUCAGAAGAAGGUAGCACCCCUGCACGAGGUAGAACGAAAAGGUCGGAGGAACCUUCCGGUCCCGGAAUUUCGGCCGACAAGUCAAAUUCCUCAUCUUGCGUUUACAUCUAUACCCGUGCCAAUUUUGCACGUCCUCCCAUCGCCACACUCCCGGGGCACAAGAAGGCCAGCGUUGCAGUCAGGUUCAGUCCUAUCUUGGUCGAUUUGAGAGAUGGUCUCUCCGGACGUGAUGAAACAACCGGGAAUGAAAGCGCUCCUAAGACGGGUGUUAUAGGGAAUGAACUGAACGAAAUGAAUGUGGAUGUCGUCGGCGCUCUUCCGUCUUCAUCGUUCUCUGAUCGUGGAAUGGGAAUUACCGUUUUGUCGAAUAAUCAGAAAGAACGGGCUUCUUCUACGCAGAUUGUGUCACCGACCCCUCAACCUGCACUGGGAGAUGCUUCUGUCCGGCCUCCUACUCCGGCGGCAUCGAAACCUAGCACUCCGAUCCCUUAUGGUUUACAAACUCCCAUAUUGACUGCAACGAAUCUUUCCAGCUCUACCGGAUCGAUUUUUGCUCUUCCAUAUAGGAUGCUAUUUGCGGUAGUAACUAUGGACGCAGUGGUCAUAUAUGAUACUCAACAGUCGACACCUGUAUGUAUGUUGAGCAAACUUCAUUAUGAUGAAUUCACAGAUGCAAGUUGGUCCCCUGAUGGCCAAACACUCAUACUAUCUUCUCGAGAUGGAUACUGUACUCUCGUAAUAUUCGACGAAAUCUUUCCUGCAUAUCAGACACAGCAGCAAGCUUUGCAACUUCAGUCUAUCGCUCAUCAACACUCAGUUCCUAUUACUCCUGGGUCGUUACAUAUCCAUGCACCAUCUGCAAGUUCAAGGGCUGGAACACCCUCCGCUACACCAGUUUUUGGAAACGUCGGUUUACCUCCGAUGCUUCCUCCGUCGCCUGCGCCUUCACAAUCAAAACGACCUAGUGGAAGCGGUCCUUCUCUUACUCCUUCAAGCAGCCAAGAUUCUGAGCUGCUCACCUCUUUCACGUUCCCGCGACAGCAACAACCCGGCGACCCGCUAAAGAGGGAGAGGGAAGAGGCGGUCAGUGACUCAAACGAAAGCCGGGAUGUGGGUCAUGCUCCGGAGCGUCCGAAAAAGAAACGACGGGUAGCUUUAACCAGGGUAGGGGAUGUGGGCUCGUAGUUACCUCUGAUUUUCAUUAUAUACUGUUAUGCUCUGUAUAUCUCUGGACUAUACAGUCUACUGUACAUUUGACACUAUCGACAUAUCAUUUCAUAUCAUCUUAUCUUAUCUUACUCCCACCGU